AUGUGAUGAUUUAUGCUUGGCAAAAUGUAUGACAAUAAGACCGUUGUGUAACAAAAUACAAAUUGGCAUUGGACUGGUAUGAAUUAUCUGCUUGAUAAAAGAUUACAAGAUCGACGCAAAAAAAAAAAAAAAAAAAAAUACUUGCAUAAAAUAUCCAUUCACAGACGCUGUGUUACGAUGAUUUUGGAACGAUGUGUUUGGGUCGAUCGAAUGGAAGAUUGAUGAGAUCCUAACAUCAUCGAUCACGAGAAACGGAUAAUCGCUUUAAAAAUAUUUCCGUAGAUAGAAUAAAAAAUUCAACAAUUGUGAUUCUACGUAUAAAAAUAAAUCGAAAAAAAAAAGAAUAUUUAAGAAUUUAUUUUCAUUUAAGAAUAUCGAAUUUGGAAAUCUGUCUGCAUCUAGUUCGAAUUUCUAAUCUCUGGAUACAAGUGCAUCGUUAACAGAAUAUUGUUCGUUCUUAAAAUUUCUUAGUUUCCAAGAAAAUUAAAAAAAUUAAAUUUGAAAAUUUAUCGAAUACAUACUGACCUGAUCAUUCAAUUUUUAUAUUAUUAUAUUAUAUAAAGAGCUCGAACAAAAAAAAAUUGUCUAAUUCGAAGUACCGUGACACAUACCACUUUCUUUCCUCUCGAACCUUUGCUCUGUCAUUCGAGUCCCACUUGAAAGUAAAUCGUAUCUUUUCGCUCGACACGUUCGAGAAAUCAAUCGUGGAACCAGAACCACGCGUAGUUUCACCCAUGAAUAAUAAUCGAACAAAGCCGAUGCUUAAAAAUCGUGGACGCGCAGUCGUGAACGGGCCGAGGUCGGCCUAAAUCAUCGUCAAAAGUGGCACGGUAUCCUGCUAGGACGUCCUUUCCCGCCUGAUCGAUGAUGUCAGAGCCGAGCUUCGUGGUCGUCGUUCCACCCACGAAAAGGGAAAGUGAGAGAUCCCGAGGAGCUCCUCUUCCCAAUGACACGGGACGCAGAUGGGUCUGCAUCGAGGCAUCGCCUCUAUGCACCGAGAAAGGGGACAAUGGUAAAUCAACGAUCGGGACCGAGAUGAUUCACAAAAGAUGAUUGGAAGACGGAUCCGUCUAAGUGUCAAGUCGUUAACAUCUUGACGAGCGAACCUGUAUGAAGGAUGAGCGAAGAUUUCAUUGGGUCGAGGAUCGAGAAAGAGAGUUCAGGAGCGAAGAAAGUUGAUGGAUCACCAUAAGGUUGAUGGAGAGCGGCUGUUGGUCGUUGAUUAAAUACGAUUCUCAUUUUUAUUACCCGAUUUCAAUUCGUUUGUCAUUUUUCUUUUUCCUUUUUUUUUUCUUUCGUGUAUUUCUCGAAUUAAUGUUAGCUUUUAUUAGAAGAGAAUUUAAUUGAUUAAGGAAUUAAAAAAGAAAUUAAUAAUGGAGAAUAUGAGAAAUAGAUUUUUCUUAUUCGUUAUUGGAAGUCAAUUAUCCGGGAAGGUGAAUCAAGUUUUGAUUUAUUACCUAUGUUCGAAAGAUUCGCAUCUCGCAAAAAGAUGUUUUCGAUUACGUUUUAAAGUAGCCAUCACAAAAUUAACAUUCAUUUAUCAAAUUUUUUUUCUCCAUGUAAAGAUAUUAUAAACGUUGCUAAAUGUUUUUCAUUACCUGUUUAAUUAAUUUCUAUGAAACAUUAACGUGCUACUAUAAUAUCUAAAUUAUUUAUAAAUUGCUAGAAUUGAUCUUUUAAAAGGAAUUCUUAUUAAAAUCUAAUUACGAUUCUCAAUAUCGUAUCACGUAUCAGAGAUUACAUUGUAAUCGGAAUGGCAUGCUUAUCGAAUACAGAUUAUCGAAUUAUGGAAAGAUGUUUAUCGAAUAGAGCAUCUGAAAUUACAGUGUGCGUUUCGUAUAUAAGUCUUCGCGAGAUUAAGCGUGAAAAAAUUCGCGAUUGCAAAGCGAAGGAACGUGUAUAUACACGUGACAAGUAUUAUCUUAGACGAUUGAUCUCCGAGAAAAGCAUUUUGCAUAUCGAUAGAAGGGAAUCUAUGAUUGAUUAAAAAUAAAAAUCACGUAUAUUUUGAUAUUAAUAUUAUAAGAAUUUAUUAGAACGAGAAAAAUAUUAGGAAUUCAUUUUUUUUUUUGCCAUGAAAAAAAUCAUAAAAUUGUAAAAAUUAUAUUUCCACACCCAUAUACGUCUAUAUAGAUAAUAUAGAUAAAUAUUUUACGAUAUUGAUAAUUGGGAAUUAUUAAUAUAUAUGAUGAUCGAUAUACUUUUUUUUUCUUGCCUAAAAUCUUCAUUUUGUAAAAUUUGUUUGGAUAUAUUUUGUUCGAGAUACACAACUUUGAUUUAUUUCAAUCAUACGUUAUCAAACGUGCAAGAAAAAUUUUACGAACAUAUUUUACGUUAUACAAAAAUUUUUUAAAAGUCUAAUUAAUAAAUAGAAAUUUGAAAGAAAUUCGAAAGAAAAAUAGAGAUAUUUGGAAUAUUAAAUUCUUGAGGGGUUUUUGCAAUUUGAUUCGAGACGAUCGGAAUCGAAAACGGAAGAAACGCGAUUAGUCGGUAGUUCGUCGGUUGUUCUGAUAACACAAUCACGUAUAAAAUCAAACAUUCGUUAAUAACCAAGGUUUUUUGUGCACAGUAUCGCGAUUAAAAUUGCAGUCCGCUCGGUGGAAUAUAACACGAAAGCAACAUUUGAUAUCCUCACCUCGCUGUUUCUAGUCGACGACUCGAGCAUUGAAAAAUUUGAAAAUGAAAUAUGUUAAAUAACGAAUUUUUGAUUGAAUUAAUUGUGCGUCGCGAAUAAUUCUUCGAAUAUUUUAAAACAAUUUUUCGGGUUUCGUUUUAAAUAAGUGAUUCGUUACUUUUUAAUAAUUCGUCUUUUUAAAUCGUGUUUACAAGCCUCCGGCUUCUGAUGACUCCUUGAAAAUGGGAACGCAGAUUCUUGGACCAGAACAGCGAUACUAGUGGUUCAAGACGUUUCUAUAUAUACUGUUUCUCCACUUCCUAUAUCUGCAACCACAGCAGCAGUUUGAUGCCCAGUUUAAUGUAUAAAUGUGUGUAUGUAGCUUCAAUUAAGUUUCUUUGUUCAUGAAAUAUUUUACUAUAUCUUGACCUUUUUUAAUUAUGGAAAAAUCUAAAGAUACAUUUGCAUGGAUUUAUCAAUUAGAAUGUCCACCAAUAAUAUUCAAUACUUCAGUACAAAAAAUAUUAAAUUCAAGACUUAUAGGACUUAUGUGGGAUGAUUUAUCUGAUGUUAUAUUUAAUACUAAAGAAGCCAAAAUAAUACGAAAAAAUAUUUUAUUAUAUCAUUUAAAACAAGGAUCAUCUAAUAAUGUUAUUGAAUGUAUGAAAAAUGUAUUACAACUAAAAUUAAAUAAAAAUGAUUUAAAAAAUCAAAUAUCUAAAUUAGAAGAAGAAUAUGAGCAACAAGAUUUUAUAGUUAGACAAAAAGUCCAAAAGUUACAAGACAUUUCAUCCAAACGUUCUGAGAUAAGAGCAAAAAGAGAUUUACUUAAGAUGAAAUAUGAUCAAACUAAAACACAACUUAGUGAUUGUAAUGAUAUGAGAGCAGUUUGUCAUUAUUUAAUGCCAAGUACUUGUAAAGAUUUAGAUCAUAAAAUACUAAUGGAAAUGUCAGAUGUGGUAACAAGUCUUUGGACUGGAGCAAAUAAAAGACAUGUAUGGGACACAAUAUCAAGUAAUCUUAAUCAUAUUGAAGUAUCUACAUUAUGGCAUUAUUUAUAUCAGAAAUUAUCAGAAGAUGUGAAUAUAUUAAUUAAUUCAGAAACAAUGAAAUCAAUGGACACAGAUGAAAAAAAUAUAAAUAUUGCUAUUGUUAAAUUAUAUGGACAACACAUUUCUAUGGUUUCUAAACGAUUAUUACAUAAUACAAGAGCAAAUCAUCAUGAGCAAAAUGUUUUGGAAUAUAUUGAAAAAAUUGAAACAGCUUCAAAUAAUUCUACAGAUGUAAGUGAUUGGUUAGCAUUAACAUUAGAAGUUCAUAAAUUAGAAAAUGAACAAAGAAAUUUACAAGAAGAAAUUGAAAAAAUUCAAGAUGAUAUAUAUGAAAACAACGUGUGUGCAUUUGAUCUAUCACAAUUAAGUGUAGAAAUUCAAAAUGUUGAUAGUGAAAUUGCAGAAUAUAUACAAAAUAUACGACAAUCUUUAAUUCUUUUAAAAUGUGCACCAAGAUUUCUUAUGCAAUCUAAAGAAAAAAUAAAUUUAGAGUUACAAAAAAUAAUAACAAUGCGGGCUGAUGGAUAUGAUUCUACUAUGUUAGAAAAUGAUUUAACUACUGAAUUAGAUAUAUUUUAUGAUAUUUUAGAUCUUAAUGCUUUAAAGAAAGUUAUGUUAAAAGGAGAGAUUGGAAUUUAUAGGCAUAUGAAAAGUUGCUUCAAUGAAGCCUGUGUUUCAAUUACUAAUUCUCAGUUUUCAAAUAUUAAAUCAUAUUUUCCAUUGAUUCAAAUACCAAUAUAUUCUUUAAUAGAAUGUUACAAGAAUUUAAUUUCUAUAUAUAAAAAAUUCGAAGUUUUAGAAACUGAACAAAAUUUAAAUUUACCCAUGGUAAUAUAUAAAGAAAAUAAUUAUAAUACAAUUGAACUUUUAAACUUAUCAAAGAUUAUUAAUAUGAAAACAAGAACAGAAAUUGAUAAAUUUAAUGAUAUUUUAAAUGAUUGGGUAAAUCAACCUGUUCAAAAAGUAAUGGAAAUUAUUGAUAAAACUGUAGAUAAUGCUACUCUUUCAGAGUGGAUUGAACGUUACGAUGUAUUAUUAUAUAUGUUACAAAAUUCUACAUAGCGUUAUGUGUAUAUGUAUAUGUUAUGUGUAUAAAUACAUUCCAUUUUUUUGUAAAAAAUUUGUAUUACAUAAAACUACAAUAUAUAAUAAUUUAUACACGA